GGGUGGGGCAUCACGCCGGAAGCCAGCCUGGGCCACGUCUGCGGGAUCUGAGUGAGCUAGUUCUGUGCGCACUACGCGGCCGCUUCUCAGCUGUGGAGAGGACGUUCUUGCUCCGGAACUAGACAUGAAUCUGGAGGCUGUUUCUAAACGCUCAGCAUUCCAUGCCAAGCCCCGGGGGCUCAUUCUUCAGUAUGGGACUGCUGGAUUUCGGACAGAUGCCCAACACCUCGACCAUAUCAUGUUUCGAAUGGGAUUGCUAGCUGUCCUGAGGUCAAAGCAGACCAGAUCCACCAUUGGAGUCAUGGUUACGGCCUCACACAACCCAGAGGAAGACAAUGGUGUGAAAUUGGUCGAUCCUUUGGGGGAAAUGUUGGCCGCCUCCUGGGAGGAGCACGCUACCUGUCUGGCCAGCGCUGAGGAGCAGGACAUGCCGAAGGUGCUUGCUGCCAUCAUGGAGAAAGAAGCUGUGGAUCCGCGCCAGGCCGCCUUCAUAGUUCUUGGCAGAGACACCAGGCCGAGCAGUGAGAAACUUUCACAGUCUGUAAUAGAUGGUGUGACUGUUUUAGGAGGUCAAUUCCAUGACUAUGGCCUGUUGACCACACCUCAGCUGCACUACAUGGUGUAUUGUCGGAAUUCCGGAGGCCGGUACGGACAGGCAACCGUAGAAGGCUACUGCCAGAAACUCUCUAAGGCUUUUGUGGACCUUACCAGACAGGCUUCCUGCAGUGGAGACGAAGACAGGUCAGUUAAGGUUGACUGUGCCAAUGGCAUAGGGGCCUUGAAGCUAAAAGAAAUGGAACGCUACUUCUCCCAGGGACUGUCGGUUCAACUGUUUAAUGAUGGCGCUGAAGGGCGGCUCAACCAUCUGUGCGGCGCUGACUUUGUGAAAAGUCAUCAGAAACCCCCACAGGGAAUGGAGAUGAACUCUGGGGAGAGGUGCUGCUCCUUCGAUGGGGAUGCAGACAGGAUCGUGUAUUACUACUGCGAUGCAGGCGGUCACUUUCAUCUCAUAGAUGGAGACAAGAUAGCGACGUUAAUUAGCAGUUUCCUUAAAGAGCUACUGUUGCAGAUUGGAGAAAGUCUGAACAUCGGUGUUGUACAGACUGCAUAUGCAAAUGGAAGUUCCACAAGAUACCUCGAAGAAGUCAUGAAGGUACCUGUUUAUUGCACCAAAACUGGUGUCAAGCAUUUGCAUCACAAGGCUCAAGAGUUUGACAUUGGAGUUUAUUUUGAAGCAAAUGGGCACGGCACAGCACUGUUUAGUGAAGCAGUGGAAAUGAAGAUAAAAAGAUUAGCACAAGAAUUAGAAGAUGAAAAAGGAAAAGCUGCCAAGAUACUUGCAAGCAUCAUCGACUUGUUCAACCAGGCAGCUGGAGAUGCUAUUUCUGACAUGCUGGCAAUUGAGGCUAUCUUGGCUCUCAAGGGCUUGACUGUACAGCAGUGGGAUGCUAUUUAUGCUGAUCUUCCUAACAGACAACUCAAAGUUAAGGUUGCAGACAGGAGAGUUAUCAGCACCACGGAUGCUGAAAGACAAGCAGUCACUCCGCCAGGGCUCCAGGAGGCAAUCGAUGGCUUGGUGAAGCAGCACAAGCUGGCCCGAGCUUUUGUUCGGCCCUCUGGUACAGAAGACAUUGUCCGAGUAUACGCAGAAGCGGACUCACAAGAAAGUGCAGAUAGGCUUGCAUACGAAGUGAGCUUGGUGGUGUUUCAGCUGGCUGGAGGCAUUGGAGAAAGACCACAACCACCUUCCUGAAGAUAAAUUUUAUAUUCUGGGAAAAUGGACUUCUAAAAAUGUUUUUUUUAUAACACUAUUGAAAAUACUGGCAGUACUAAGGCAUUUGUAAUCAUGACAUUACAAAUUCAUGCUAAUGGAUUAUUUCUAGAU